AUGAGGCUGUUGUAUGGAUCGCCGUUACCCCCUGGGUUGGAGGCACCCACGCGCGGCGAGCUUCGUAUUCGAAUAGAGAAACUGCUCCUGAAGGAUGAGUUGGUGAGUACGGGCGUUUCGUCAGACGUCCCCUCCCAGGGUUCACGCCUAUAUCCCAUACCCAUUGAUCACUGUGCGGUGAGUCCCUUGUUUUGGGGUGAGCAGCAUCCCACAUGUCGCUGUGUGCCGGCAACACCUGGAAAACUACGUGGUGCGGUGUCACUUGUCUAUCCUCUAAAAACGUAUGAACCGCAAUUCAGGGAGUAUCUCUCUCACAUGAGCAAUUCCGAGCAUCGAGGCGUUCAUUUUUCUGUAUUUGUCCCUAAUAGUUAUAGUGGUCGGCAUCGAUCGGUUCCUGUCGGGAAAAGCAUCGUUGCCUUGAACACGCUCAAACCCUCUUCCCCUGUCUCUGGGUGGUUUCCCAUUAUGAGUGAUGGAGCGUUGGUUGCGUCGACGAUAGAAGACGGUGAGAAAAACCUCAAUGCCAGUUCAGUAGAAGUAGGAAGGUUGAAAAUGACCUUCACGCUGAACUUCUUUGCUCGGGCUCCAGUGCCGCCCGCACGUCAGCCGUCCCACGGCACUCAGAAAGUCUCCCACGACCAAAGCGCAGGAGAUGAGAAAAUAGAAAGUGCCGAGGUGGUGCAGGAUGGAGGACGUAGUGAACAGGAGCUGCGGUCUGUGCAGUCCUUGCCCCUAGUCUCUCCCGAGGCUGGUGUCGCUGCUGCUGCUGCUGCGUCCCAUAGACAGUUGCCUCGGCAACAACAGGAGAUGCAGCAUCGUCUUCUUCAGAGCGGUGGUUGUAUUACGAAAAGUGAAUUAGGAAAAUCGUCAAUGUCGCACGAGGAUGCAGAACCUGCUGCGGGUGCUGCUGCUCGUCAGUUGCCGCCCUCAUUCCCCCCCGCCGCCACCUCGGUAGAGAUUAAUCAAAAUAAGGUCAUAGAUGAGUUGCUUCAACAGGGUAUUAGCCUGCGUGAAAAAAUGGCAAGGGUGCUAUCGCACUCUACGGGUUUUGAUGAUCUGACCCCCUCACCCAAUUUUUUGUCUUCUCAGCCAGUUCUCAGCAUGCUUGGAGGCCCUCCAGGCCACAGCCCAUCUCUUGCUGACGUUGCUCAGCUUGAUGUCGGCGCUGUCUGUAAUUUAAAUGACUCCUCUCAAGGCUCCUUUAGUUCGGCGAGUGUUGAGACUGUGGUGAGUGAAGAAGAUGAAUUGGGUAACGACGUUGGUCCUGUUACACCCGGUGCUGCUGCUGCUGCUGCUGCUGCAGGUGGCGAGAGGUCAGGGGCAUUGUGUAGCGUUUCCACUGGAAGACGUGCAUUCAGAUUGCCUUUCCAAUCACCAGGAGUGUUUCAAAAUGGGGAUACGUAUGUAGAGGUGGAUCUUUCUCGAAUUGCAUUUUCCUCGGGACGAGCAACACUGGGUAUGGAGGAGAUGCGCGUAGGGAUUCGCCUCUCAAAGGAUGUCAAGACAGACGAGCCUGUGGAGUCUUAUUCUUCCUACGUUCACCGUGUUCCUCUUGUUCGCGGAGCCGAACAUCACAUCGUGAUAGGCUUUUCUGUGCGUUCCUUUAGCGAAGACAGCAGUCGAAUGGUCAUCUCUUUUUACCGGGUGCGUUCUGCACCGGUACCAAAUCCCCCUGGCGAGGUAUUGUUGCCUGUGCCCGCCUCAGCGCAGCGGGUGCUUGUGGAGGAGACCCUGCUGGGAAUGUGCAUCGUUGGCCUACACAAUCAAUUUAGGAAUAUUGUUCUCCAUGAUCCUAUUACCGGUGAGGAUCCGGCGCAGGCCCAGUUACGCGUGAGCAUCCGAAGCAGUAGCUUGCCCUUGUCGCAGGACAACCUUCAGGAUGGGUUGCCUGCCAAGGAGAGAGAGGCCAACAAAUCUGAUUUAGGCAUUGAGGGGGCUGAGAACGGCGUGCUUCUUCCAAAUACCAAAAAAUGUAAUGGCCCAAUUGAAAAACAACAAGGCAACCCUGCCGCUACGUCUCCGACGAGGCAUUCCCACGGAAGGCAGUGCAAUGUCGUUGGACGGGGUUCCUCCCCUUCUUCUGCUUCUUCUUCGUCGCCGUCAUCGCCCCCAUCGUCGUCGUCUACGGGGGAACUACCACCCAGAGUGAAGGGGAGUGCUGCCGCUGAUAAACCGACGGCUACUGGGACCAGUGGCUGUGGUGGUGCUGUGCCCGAGUCGAGGUACGUUCAUGAGCAAUGCUCUUCUAAGUUUCCAACUGUCCCCACUCAGAGCACCGUAACGGCCAAGGCAGCUGCUUCGCAUAGAGUCCACGAUGCGUCUACUCUGAAAACUGGUUCUUCGAUGGCUGCUAAUUCGGUAGACAGCCAUGGUGAUGAGAAGACUGCUCAUGGUGCUAACGCCACAACACUCACAACCGCCUCUGUGGAUCGGGCAUUGACGAAAGCGAUCCAAGAACGAUUUCGUAUGCAUGUGUCGAUACGUGCUGGGAAAGAGCUACCAAUGGUGGCAAUAAGUGAAGAGGGCCCCACGUUGCGAUCACUUGUCGCCGCGGUGGAUCAAUUAGAAAAUGGUGUGCGCUCUGCUGUCACAGCUGAUGGACGUCUUGUCCUUCUUGAUAGCAAACAUCGUGUCUUUAAAGCCCCCACAACGUUUUUCGUUGUUGAGGAUGUCCUUAAUGGGGCGGAUUCUCGGGCUGCAGCUAAGGGAAUCGUGCCGGAUUGGUUUGUGGAGGCUGCCGUGCGUGGGAAGUACGACCGUACUCUGAUAGUCCCUGAGUCUCAGAGCCCACAGUAUGAUUAUGAGUCCAUCCUAUCUCUUCCCAAAGAGGCGGUUUUCCUCCGACAUGAGGGUGAGAACAGAAACGCCACUCUGCAAGAAUCAUCUACGCUUUUCCCAUUAAAUGAUAAUACUUCCAGUGCACCAAGUAGCUCCUUUUGUUUGCGGGAAUUGCGUCUAACGCUGUGGCACGCGGUGGAUGACACAAGCACGCCGUCAGCUUCUGAGUGGAAGGACGAUGAGGAACGUUUCUGGGCACACACUGCCAUACUAGGUGAGUGCCGGGUGGAACUCCGUUCGUUGCGCUUUCUAAAGUUACUUGACGGAUGGUACCGCAUAAACGCCAUUGGUAGAGCGGACGAAGUCGUUGGGUAUGUCCGCGUUAGCGUUCGGCUGCUUUAA